AAAGAAAGUCACAACAUCAAAGUGGAGGUGCACUUUUCCAUAUUUUCCAUCCUGAUAGCUCUUUGUUGUCUUCGUCCUUCACUUUGAGUACAUCAACUUGAAACUUGAAGCAAAGCAUUGAAAAAGAAAAAUGGAGGCAGCCAUGGCUAAAGGAUUAAGAAGCAGAUCAUCAGGUCUAAAACCAAUAGAAACAAAGAGGAAAGCUAGCAUCGAAGAGUACGACGUGGUGAACGUGAAAGACGAGCCAUUGAGUCCAAUGGCUCGUCUUUUUCACGAUACGAGGUUCAAUGUCCAUGUCAUUACCCUUAUGGCCGGCAAGACUCAGAUCUCGCUGCAGCCUAUGAAGGAGAAGUUGGUCCAUACUUUGCUUAAACAUCCUCGUUUCACUAGCUUGAUGGUCGUGGAUGAAGAAAAUUUAACAGACAUGAAAUGGGUCCAAACGAAGGUUGAUUUGGACCAACAUAUCAUAAUACCAGAAGUGGAUGAAAGUCAGCUAGAAUCACCAGACAAGUUUGUGGAGGAUUAUGUUUACAACCUUAGCAAAACCAGCCUUGACAGAACCAAACCACUUUGGGACAUUCACUUUCUCAAUGUCAAAACUCGUAAUGCGGAGUGCGUGGGCGUAUUUAGGAUUCACCAUUCUCUCGGCGAUGGCACCUCGCUUAUUUCUCUUCUACUUGCGUGCACUCGCCAAACUGCUGAUGAGCACAAGCUUCCCACCAUUCCAACCAAGAAAAGGAGGCCUGCUUCCUCAGGUUAUUCAACAAAGAAAGGGCCGUGCAGGUUGUUGGGAGCAUUUUGUCUUUUUAUCAGAAUGCUUGUGAAUACUGUAGUGGAUGUAUUCAUGUUCAUCAUCACAAUCGCCUUCCUCAAGGAUACAAAAACGCCAAUCAGCGUAGUGCCGGGUUCUGAGUCUACUAAAGCUAGACGAAUGGUUCACCGGAUAAUCAGUCUGGAUGAUUUGAAGUUUGUGAAAAAUGCUAUGAAUGUUACUAUAAAUGAUGUUGCCCUGGGAUUAACACAAGCUGGUUUAUCCAAAUAUCUCAAUAGGAGAUAUGCUGUUGGUGGGAAAGACAAGGGAGCCACAGAGAGAAACAACAAUCUUCCCAAAGGCAUUCGGCUUCGGUCCUGUCUUAUUUUUAACCUAAGAUCCUCCGCAGGAAUUGAAGACCUUGCCGAUAUGAUGGAGAAAUGCAGCAAAGGGAAGCGGGGUUGGGGAAAUUGGUUCGGUUUCGUGUUGUUACCGUUCAAGAUUGCACUGCGGGAUAAUCCUUUUGAUUAUGUGAAAGAAGCAAAGGCAACUGCAGAUCGAAAGAAGAAAUCCUUUGAAGCUUUAAUCACUUUGACCAUGGCCCAGAUAAUAAUCAAGUUUCUUGGGAUCAAGAUAGCUACAGAGUUGAGUCUCAGAGGAUUCUCAAAUGCAACAAUAUGCUUCAGCAACUUGGUUGGACCACAGGAGGAAAUUGGGUUUUGUGGGUACCCCCUUUCUUAUUUUGCUCCUAGUGCUUAUGGGCAGCCAAAUGCAUUGAUGAUCAGUAUGCAAAGCUAUAUCGAUAAGAUGAUCAUCGUGGUAUCUGUUGAUGAAAAUGCCAUUCCUGAUCCACAACAAUUGCUUGAUGAUUUCGAGGAUUCUCUUAAUCUCAUAAAAAAUGCUGUUAUAGAAAGAGGGCUGGUUAAGAAUAUGAAAUGAUCAAGAAAUCGUUGCAUAAGCAAUUCUACUGUAUUAAAGAACUUUUGCAAUAAUUCACCUGCACGUGUGUAUUGUUGGAGUAAUUCUCUUUCCUACUGCUUUCAGUUUGAUAUCAAAGAACAUUGUAAGUAGGUACUAAUGUUUUCUCUGGAAAACUACAUUUUAAUUAAUUUUACUCAUAUCAAUGUAUUGCAUAUUUAUGAUGCUACUAGA